AUACAUGGAGUGUUUCUGUUUCCUUGUGAAACUGGUAUGUAUCGUGACGUCACAUACUGGGGCAGGGCAAGUCACGUGAUCGAUUCCUGUUCACCUGCAGCGCCCAGUGGCGGAAGACAGGUGAAAGUAUCUGUACAAGGAAGCUUUGUAAGGGGAAAACACUGUUUAAAAUCACCCUGUGAGGCAAUGUAACUUCUGUAACCAGUUCACUCAGCUGCUAAGAACCAUGUCUUUUGGAAACGGGCCAGCGCCCCACUUUGAUUGGGUCCGCAAUAUGCCUCAGUAUGAUGAGGUGCCCAUCGGCUCCAUGCCGUGGGGUCAGCAUGCUCCUUACCCAAUUGGUGGUGAAGUAGCAGCAUCCAGCUAUGGCAGUUUACCACCACCACCACUUCCCGAAAACCCUCCUGUUGGUCAGGAUUUCUACCCGAGUGAUGUUGAAGACCAGGUGGAUGAUGCCAUGGACAUCAAACCCAUCCGACGCUUCAUUCCAGACUCUGUGAAGAACUUCUUCAGAGCCAGUGGCAAUCAAGGCAGCAAUAAAUGGACCUUUCCACCACCACCACCUGAAGUGAACACCACCACCGGAGGUGUCCCAUGCUCUCCUCCACACUCACGUGCACCGUCACCUACAGCCCCCAGCUCUUACCUAGACCCUUAUGGAGGGUCUGGAGGCAGCUACAAUUCAAGGAAGGAGCAGGCAGUUUUAUUGGGGGAGCCGCUGGAAUCAGUUUCUGGACGCUCUUUGCAGACGGCUAUGACUUAUAGUGAGAAGGUGGAGGAGUACAAUCAGCGCUACGCAUAUAUGAAAUCCUGGGCCGGACUUCUGCGCAUUUUAGGAUGCGCAGAGUUGCUUUUGGGGGCUGCUGUUUUUGCGUGCGUCUGUGCAUACGUGCACAAAGAUAAUGAGUGGUUUAAUAUGUUUGGUUACUCCAUGCAUCAGACGUAUGGGGGAGGGUAUGGGGGAUCAGCAAUGGGUGGGAUGUAUGGAGGAACUGGGAGUUCCUACUCCGGACCCUUGACUCCUUUUGUUAUUGUGGUGGCUGGAAUUGCCUGGAUAGGGACUAUCAUUCUAUUAGUGUUAGGAGUGACCAUGUAUUAUCGUACUAUUCUACUAGACUCCAGCUGGUGGCCAAUCACAGAGUGUGUGAUAAACUUGACAUUAGCAUUGCUCUACUUGUCAGCUGCAAUCGUGUAUGUGCGAGACACAGUCCGUGGAGGUCUCUGCUAUUAUCCACAUUUCAACGCUGGGCCCAAUGCGGGGUUCUGCCGAAUUGAGGCUGGGCAGAAUGCUGCCAUCAUCUUUCUCUUCCUCAACAUGCUGUUGUAUCUUGUGGGAGCUGGCGUGUGUCUUAAGCUGUGGAGACAUGAAGCUGCAAGGAUGCGCAGAGAGAGAAUGAGUCAAGAUUUUAAAUCAGAAGGACUUCCGCUCAAUUUGAUUGGUGCCGGCUCAAGUGUCUCUGUGCCUAUCCACACUGCUCCAGUAAUGGCCAGUCCAGAAUCUUAUGAUGGCAUACCUGUCAACCCAGUUAUGAUGGAACCAGAGAUCUUAAGGGGUCAUAUUCCUGCUGGCCACAUCCCCAAACCUGUGGUCAUUGCAGACUAUGUGGCGAAAUAUCCCACCAUCCGGUCUGAUGAGGAGAAGGAGCGAUACAAGGCUGUGUUUAAUGAUCAAUAUGCAGAAUAUAAAGAGUUGCAUGCAGAAGUUCAAAUCUUAACACAGAAGUUUGAGGAAAUGGAUAUUCUGAUGAGGAGUCUACCACAGCAUCCUUCGACCCAAAUGGAGCAAGAGAGAGUCAAUAGCAUUAUUCAUGAGUUUAACAGAAAAAAGGCUGACCCAACGUACCAGGAGAAAAGGGAGAGAUGUGAAUAUCUGAAGAGCAAACUUGCACACAUAAAGCUGAAAAUUCAGGAGUAUGACAAAGUCAUGGACUGGAAUGAUGGUUACAGUUAAACAGAACUGCAAAAAAAAAAGUACUGUCUAAAAGAAAAUUGUCCAUGGCUAUACCAUCAGAAAUUAACAGAGUGUUUGGUUUGCUCUUGGUUGGUAUUGAUAUAAUUUCAUAUUGAUUUCAAUAGAUCAGAAAAGUAUAAUGAAGGACAUGUACCACGUCAAACCCAGCACUGAAUAUUUGACCUUCUUUAUUACUGACAUGUCUUGUGAAGCAACAUCAGCAAAGUUUUUAAUAUAUACUGUACAUUUCUGUAUAUACUUUUUAUUUUAGAAGUAGGUAAUUUGAAGGAAAUCACUGUAAUCUUUAAAAAAAAAGUGGAGAAUAUGAUGUAAAUAGCUCUUAAAAUUGUAUUUGUUUAAAUAGCAGUAUCUCUGUAAUGAUCCUAGAUUACUUGGUAUUUUACAGUUUUUCUAGUAUAAUUUUUAGUUGUUUUUUUUUUUGUGUGUGUGUAUUUUAUACUGUCAUUUGUGUUGUGUUAUGUUACUCUACCUUUGAAUUUAAUCAUUUUUAUCAUUGAUAUUGAAAGUGGAAAAAUAAACACACCUGCCUCCUCAUUUUACUGGCAAACAUUGUCUU